GGAAGCCCGUGCGGCCGCGCGUCCUCACAGCCCUGAAGUUAGCCGCCGCCCCCACCACCGCUAACCGCUCGGCGGCGUACGCCGUCGCGCGAGCGUUUCGCCUAGCCCGCCUGGCAGCGGCCGAGCACGUAUGUGACAUGGCGUCCGGGUAGAAAGAGAGUUAACUGCUAAAUAAGCGUUGAUGUUGUUUUUAUGACAUUGACCGAUCGAAAAGGGAACAUCCGAGGCCGCGAAUUUCCCACAGACACUGGCAUUGAUGGUAAUGCAUGCGAGGAAACCGCAAAGGAUCAGCGAUGGGUACUUCGAAAAGCACCAGGCCCAUCCCUAUCAGACCUAUAACAUCGGCAGUUCGAAUAACAGUCUCAUAUCUGAAAUGAGAAGAAACGCCAAGUACAGCAGUUCUAAGGGUGGCUACUCCUCCUCGACCACGUCGUCGGACAGUCGUUAUGAAGGGCGUAUACGCGACUCUCCAAAUGGUAACUCUUACAGUCCAGCCGGCAGCUUGGGAAUGGGCAUGGGGACAGACCGGGACAGUCCACGGAAUUACACAUCCAAGCCUCUUUACAAGAAGGAGAGAGAAAAUAGAGACUAUAAACUAUCCUCCUCUAAGGACAAAUAUUCCGAUUGUGCACGAUCCCCGAAAGACAAGAGAAGCCGUGAGAGCAGGGAUUCAGAACACAGGACCAACCAUGAUAGGAGUAGCGGGGAGAUCUUACAUCCCAUAAAAUUAUCAUCAAAUUCAUCGAGAGAAUCUUCAUCUCAGAGAAAACCAUCACAUAAUUCCUGUCAGGAUAAACGUGGUGAUGAGCGAGGAGGAGGAGGUGCGAUGGAACGGACGGCCAGGUUUGGCGAUUGGUCGGAGCACAUGAGUUCUUCAGGAAAGAAGUAUUAUUACAACUGCAAGACCGAGGUGUCUCAGUGGGAGAAGCCACGAGAGUGGAUCAGCCGGACAGACAAUCGUCAGCGCCAGUCUAGUGACUAUUCUUCUUCUAGGUCAAGUCAUGAUAAACAUUCCAACUCGCGAUCAAAUAGCAGUAGCAGUAUGCGAGAUGGUAAAUCGUCGCGACAGUCUGACAAACGAGAAUAUUGGAGCUCAUGUGGCGGUAGUGGCGGCGGUAGCAGCAGAGAGGAUGCUUCCGCGCGGGAGAGAGAGCGGGAGAAGGAACGGGAGAGAGAACGGGAGCGAGAACGGGAGAGAGAAACUUGCAGGGAGGAAGUUUGCGUGGAACGGCAGGCACAGGACAUGGAUAUAUCGCCGGGCGAUUCCACACCCACUUCGGAACCCUUGACAUCAUCCUGCGCUCACGAUCCACUGCCACAGGGCCCUGUUCUCUUGGCCACUGCAUUACCUCGGUUAACAUCACAUCCACCGUCAACGACGCCGCAAGCUGUGGGCAAACUAAGUUCGCCCACGCAGCAGCAAGGGAACAGUAACGCUCCGGGACCACCGGUGUCACUGGCAAAUCUGCCGAGAUUACUAUCGCAAAUCACGGGCAACAAGGAACAACCUGACAUCACGCCCCAGAAGGCGUUACAGACGAUUCAAACUGCAAUCUUGCUGUCUCGACAACAGUCCGCUAGCGGAGACCGAGGUACCAGUGGAAACGAUGUAAUGGUCCCGCUAAAAGUUGAUACAAGUGGUAAUAUUACCAGCGAGGGUCCACCGACUCCUACACAUUCAGAAACUCAGGAUUGCAUUGACGCACGGAAAUUAACGAGUCCUGGGGGGGCGAAUUCUGGAGUACAAGGUUUGAGCUCGCUGCAAAAUCUCAGUACGUUAGGCUCCCUUGGAAACCUGAGCAACACAGGAGGCCUGCAAGCGCUGUCUCGUGUGCAACCCCCCUUGACACCUUCUCUAACACCAUCACUCGCUAACCAUUAUCGGGAAGACUUGACGCAGCACGUGCGCGCCUUCCCCGCUGAUAUUCUCGAGAAACAGGCACAGAAACUUAGUGAGGAAGCACACACAAUGGGCAGUUUGCAAUGUACGAGAGUGUCCGCAGAAUUGAAAACGGCACGAUCGAUAGUGAGGCUGACAGAAAUCCAGGCAACGCUGCAGGAACAAAGGAUAUUAUUCCUCCGUCAACAAAUCCAAACACUGGAGGAGUUAAAAUCCCAAAAUUCCUUCAUGUCUGACGAUUCUUAGUGUAAGAAUCUUUAUAAAAUAAUUAUAAUUACGAUUAUAAUUAUCUAUAAAAUUAAUUAAUUCAAGCAAAAAUAAAACAUGAUUAUUAAUAUUCUCAUUAAUAUUGAAUAAUUAAGAUUGUACCUAAAUUAUGAUAUCGUAAUAGAAGUGAUAUAAUAGCGAAUGAACAUGGGCUGCUCAGAGAGGCUCGGCUGCUCCAUUUGUCAGCCAAUGAGUCGUAAUAAUUAAUUAAUUAGUGAAUUCACCUCUCUGAGAAGCACAGCAGGCCUAUCCAAGUCGCAAACACAACACACUAAAUGAAUAGGAAGGAAAAAAAAACGAAUCAAUCAAUUUUAUCAGUUCAAUGCAAACUACUGAAUUGUAUAUCUGGAUUGUCCACAUUCUCUUGUAUUUACCUAUGUUAUAUACGUGUCAAUGUUUCAUAUCCCAGGAUUUAAGCGACAUUUUAACUAGUUGAAACAUUUUUGUUGUAAAUCUCGGAAUAAAAUUCGUGCCACAAGUUUUUUAAUACAGUUCUUUAUCACCAUAGUCUCACAUUUACCUAAGCUCCCGAUUUGUUGUUGUUGAAAGAAAAAAAACAAACAAAAUCACAUUCAAGAAUCUUACGCGCAUUGAAAACUUUAAUAUUAAAUUUAUUAUACCUUAAUAAAUUUAAUAUAAUUCGUAUACGUUAACCGUGCGAACGGGGAAAUGUACGUGUUCUCUAUCCAGAUUUUCGUUCGAUCUCCAAUCAUUUUAUUACAGGGUUUUCUUUUUUGAACAUUGUAGAAUGUAUCGUCGUCGCCGAGCAGGUGUCGCUCUCGUAUUUACAUCGUGUAACUAAAAAAAAGUACCUAUAUAGUGAUGAAACGUUUAGAUUAAUUUAUAUGGCCACCGUUUUAUAGUUUCUAGCGUGUAAAUAGUAGAAUCCGAGUGAGCAUUAUUGAUUUACGAAUGACAAAUUAUUAUGCAUGGCGAAUCUGUCGAGUUAGUAAGAACAUUAUUAUUGUAACCGAAACAGUGGAUCUGAAAUAAAAACUGUGCAUUUUUUAUAUUACAAUUAUACAGAUAGCCUGUUUUCGUAAUUCCCUGUACAAACGUUCUCAAAACGAGAAAAAAACGAGUGGAAAUGUGUUGAAUUAUAAUUACCCAUAAUCGUAGAUACGAAUAAACAUAAUUAGUUGUAUGUGAAAUAGUUUGUAACACCGCCAGAUUGUAUACUAUUUGUUACAGAGGGCUAUAUUGUUAAGGAAUCCUUUACUGAGGUAUUUCGAACAUUUUAUUUAUUUGAAUGAUAUCCUGCAAGAAAUGGAAAGAGCAUAUUUAAACGAUUCGUAUUCUACUGGAAAGAAUUGUUUUGCACACUAUCGUCGUUGAACAUUACCUCCUGAAAGAAAGAAAAAAAUUAUUAUAACAGUUUGUAGAACUAUGUAUACAAUUGAGGAUGUCGAGAAUCACGAUUGUGACACAGUAAAGAUUCACAUUAUAUAU